AUGUCUGUGUCUCAUGUGGCAAGGAGAACAACGAGCGUUUCUUCUGGAUCUUCUCUCAUGAAUAUUCAGUCAGAGGAUCAUAUUUUUUCCAGCAAUGUUGAAGAUUAUGAUAUUAAUAUAAACAGUCCUAUAGGUUAUGGGGCUUCUGCUAUUGUAUAUGGGGCCACAUAUAAACCUCUUUCCAAAAAGGUUGCUGUUAAAAUGAUUGACUUGGAUCAUUUCGAGAGAAAUCAAAUCGAUGAAGUAAGGAGAGAAACUCAAUUGAUGUCCUUAUCUAAGCACCCAAAUGUCCUACGAGUUUAUGGCUCUUUCGUGAAUGAAUCAAAAUUAUUUAUUGCUACCCCUUACAUGUCGGCUGGUUCUUGUUCGGAUAUCAUGAAAACUUCUUAUCCUGAUGGCUUUGAGGAGGCGGUCAUAGCUACUAUACUGAAGCAGGCUCUUCAAGGUUUGGAUUAUUUACAUAAAAAUGGUCAUAUUCAUAGGGAUGUUAAAGCUGGAAAUUUGCUUGUGGAUGAAGAUGGUUCCGUUCUGUUAGCUGAUUUUGGUGUUUCUUCAUCCCUAACUGAAAAUGGCGAUAGGAGAUUUCGAAGAACUUUCCCAUGUUGGAUGGCUCCAGAAAUAAUGCAACAUGCCGGAUACGAUUAUAAAGCAGAUAUUUGGUCUUUUGGAAUAACUGCUUUGGAACUGGCAACGGGUCACGCACCUUUUGCAAAAUUUCCUCCUUUAAAGGUUAUAUUGGUUACUCUUUCAAAUGAUCCUCCUACUUUGGACAGAGAUACAACCAAACAUAAAUAUACAAAGUCUUUUAAAGAAAUGAUUGAUUUAUGUUUACAAAAAGAUCCCUCCAAACGGCCAACUGCUGAAAGAUUGUUAACACAUGCAUUCUUUAAACAGGCAAAAAGAAAGGAAUUUUUGGUGACAAAAAUAUUGCAUCAUUUACCACCAUUAGAAGAAAGACCACAUAAAAGAGGUCAACAGAAGCCUAUAACUUAUACCAAAGGAGAUCCAUGGGAUUUUGAGAAUUGUGGAAGUGGUGAGAGUGGAGAGUACAGCGAAAACAAAGUACCUGAUGAAAUAUUUGAAAAACGAGUUGGCUUCUCUUUACCUUCUGAUGUUGGUGAAAUUCCCAAAGAAGAAUCAAAGGAAUCAAAGGAACCUCCAAAAAAGUCACGGUUUUUCUUUGAAGAUUCGGGUACUAAUACAGAAUCAAGUAAUCCACAGACUCUGCCCACCUCUAACUCACCAUCAUCAACCACUUCUGUUGCUUCUCAAAAUCUUUUUUCACAAACCGGUUUAAGUGGUCCUAAUCAGAAUACUCAAGAUUUGGCAGAAAAAAAGGGAAGAUUUGUUAUCAACAAUCCUAAUCAAAGAGAUAGAGCUAUGUCACAAUCAGAAAUAGAAAAUCAAAGACCUAAUUUAGCAAAAGAGAAUUCUAACGAGAAUUUAACAGAGAAUAAAAAGAGUAGGUUCGAAGUCCAGUCAACCUCUCAACAAUCAUUAGAUAUUUCUAAAGAAAGUUCUCUUCAAUCGCCUUCACUUUCUCGAGAAUCACCACCCAAGGAGAAUUCUACCAAUAAGAGCACAAGCCGAUUUCAAUCGGACAAUGUUGAUUCACCGACUACUGAGAAAUCAGUGAAUACCCAGAAAGGAAGAUUUCAUGUUUCUUCUAGUGUUGAUGUUACAGUUACAGCAAAGGUAGAUGGACCUAUAUCUUUACCAGGUAACUUUGGUGCAACUGAGAUUACAUGUUCACCGCAAUCCACUUAUAUGGGUCCAUCACCCAAUAUGUCCCCAACGACAUCUAUCUUACGAGGGCAAGGAUUACCGACGAACUCUAAUUCAAUAAGUUCCCAUAUUGCACAAUUGCUACAUCAAAAUGAAGCACAACGAAAUGUGUUAAAUGAAUUGCAAAAUUUAUAUACGAGUGAAAUUUCUGGUACAUCUUCUACAGUUGGUCGAAUGACUUUUCCACCCCAAUUUCUCCACCCGCAAUUUCCUGCUUUAAAUGGAAAUGUGAUGAUCAAAAAUACGCCAAAAGAAAUAUCCACACAUUUGAAUUCUCUUGAUCGUCAAUUUCAGAAAAUUUUAAAUAAUAAUAAUUCUGACCCAAAUCCCGUGACUACCGGAACUCCUUCGACUCACAUCUCAACGAAGACGCAUUCAUCAUCAAAUAAUAUGAAUAAUGAUUCAAAAAUGCUUCAUUGA